AUGAGGAGCAAUCGCCCAGCAGGGCAAGCUGCAAGCGGCGCCAUCACUACCCCUUCGUCCUCGGCAUCAGCGUCGCGGCGGUCACCGGCAGCAUCCCGCUCACAGCCACCAAGGCGUGCAGCUACAGCCUUCCCAACGCGAUUCGAUGGCCAAGAUGACAGGCCACGUCACGCUGUACAAGGUGCUGCUGGCACAGAUGAUGCUCGAGCAGCUUCAUCGCGACCAAGCCGCGUCAGCCGUAUGAAGACGAGGGCAGACAGCAAGCCGCCGCCCAAAAAGCGAAAGGGAGCGAGAAGCGAGGCAGAGGAGCCUGCUCCUGCACCCAAGGCUGCGAGACUCAAUGUCACUACAGCUGCGCCGCCCGCUGAGCCCCAGAGGAACGCUACUGGUCGAGAACUCGCUGUUCAAGCUAGCCGCCGGCCUAUAGCCUCGACGAGAUCAACUGCAGCCGCAGGUCCUCCGUUGGAUAGGUUGCGGCGACCCCAGGAACACCAGCUGCCAGCAUCAGCCCCCGCCUCUACGAGCGGCACAGGAAGCUCGAAUCGGACAAGCGGACAUAGUCGCAGUGACCCCAUCUCAACAGGCUCAGAUCAACCUUCGUGGAGUAGAAGGAAGCCAACGCCGCCUCAAUACAGGGGUCGAGGUGAUGCAAGCACAUCUGCCGCUCACGUCCUGGGCCUUCAACCUGGCGAGAAGGAGGCGCCAGCCGCAGAAGCUCCGCCACGAUUUCGAGAAGCUCAGCGAAGGGCGCAUACCAGGAUCUUGGCACCAGAAACACCUUCAAAUCCGCCUCGCGCUGCCGCCCAAGCAGAUCAAGAGCGGCAAGACGAAUGGCGGCCGACUACCGCCGCGCGGACACGAGCGCACACCACAGACCUGAGCUCGCCAAGACCAACAACCGCUAAGCGGCUUGGCAUGGGCGCCAAUGGUCAGACGAGGAGGUACGGUAGCACGGCAAGGUGUUCCCGGGUGCGAGGAGCGUUGGGCGCCAUGAGACUAGUCGACCCGCAUGUAGCUGAAGAAGGAGGAGCAGAGGACGAUCCAGAGGCAGCUGCCAUGCAGCCUUCAAGACCCAGCGUCACGGGGGAUCAAGGCGCGGGUCCACUGGAUGAGGGCCCAAUGGAGCUCGCCGACGAGCAACAUUCAUCGCGUCGGCCGCAGCAGGAGAACGGAGGCUCACCAAAGUCUACCACCCAGCGCGAGGCGGUUAGGACAGCCGAUGCUGCUGUUCCAGCUGCUCAUCCCAGAGCAGAAGACGGCAUUUCCUCCGAAGAGCCGCCCUCAGGAUCACCAGCGCACGCUGCAGAUCAUUCUUCUCCCUCGAUCGCGAUCGCCUCGACCUCCUUCAAUCGCCGCUUCAUUGUCACCGUGGAGCGCUGGAAAUUGGGUCGCAACGGUGCGCGCUCAGAUCUAGACCAGGAACAAGAAAAUGAGGAGCAUCAAGAGGACGAGGACUCGGUCUCAUCUUCCAUCGAGGCUCAUGAUGCUGCUGCACAGAUCGAUCGCGUCCUUUCGGCUGCUGAUGAUGAGUAUCGCAGACAACGAGACCAAGAGGAGCAGGAGGUCAGCAACACCGCAGACGAGCGGCAGAGGCGCUCUGUGACUGAAAUGGAUGAGGGCAAGCUCAUACCCGUUCAGGCAAAGGUCUAUCGCUGCAUCCCUCAGCAAGGUCUCGCUGUCAGAACCUGCACGUACCGCCUGCGGGGAGUAGCUCCUCCCAGCCGAGACGCGGUGGUGCGCUGGAUGAGGAGAUGGGGCAUCGGCGACGAGGCAGAUGGGACGGACGAGAGAUGA